CGAUUUCUUUUUUCUAACAAUGAAAGACGUCAUCGAUGCAGUUUACAGAAAUGCAAACGAACCGAUCGAAUCUAGAGUCAAAGACCUUCUCUCUCGUAUGACUAUCAAAGAGAAGCUCGGUCAAAUGACUCAGAUCAAACGCAGCAUCGCCACUCCCACCGCCAUUACAGAUCUCGGAUUAGGAAGUAUAUUGAGUGGUGGAGGAAGCAAACCGUUUGAGAACGCGACGUCGUUGGAUUGGGCGGAGAUGGUGGACGGAUUCCAGAAGGCGGCAUUGGAAUCGAGGCUUGGAAUUCCGAUGUUCUACGGCAGUGAUGCAAUUCACGGCAAUAACAAUGUGUACGGCACAACAAUUUUCCCCCAUAAUAUUGGCCUUGGAGCUACCAGGGACCCAGAUUUGAUUGAAAGGAUAGGCGCUGCUACUGCUCUUGAAACAAGGGCCAGUGGCGUUCAAUAUGCCUUUGCUCCCUGCCUUGCUGUAUGCAAAGAUCCAAGAUGGGGAAGAUACUACGAAAGUUAUGGUGAAGACACCGAGUUAGUUCGAAAGAUGACUACAUUGGUCACAGGCUUGCAAGGAAAGCCUCCCAAAGGCCAUCAAAACGGAUACCCUUAUGUAGCUGGAAGAAAGAAUGUCAUGGCCUGUGCCAAGCAUUUUGUUGGAGAUGGAGGUACUGAUAAAGGUAAAAAUGAAGGGAAUACCAUCAUCUCGUAUCAGGAUUUGGAGAACAUCCAUAUGUUACCAUAUCGAGACUGUAUUUCGAAGGGUGUUAGCACGGUUAUGGCGUCGUACUCGAGUUGGAACGGAACCAAACUGCACUCCCAUCGUUUUCUCCUAACCGAUAUCCUCAAACACGAGAUGGGAUUUCAGGGUAUCGUGAUUUCUGAUUGGGAAGGAAUCGACCGGUUGUCCAAUCCUCGUGGAUCAAACUACCGAAAUGCCGUUUCUUGUGCGAUUAAUGCCGGAAUCGAUAUGGUGAUGGUUCCUACCAGAUAUGAACUGUUCCUGGAAGAUUUAGCAUUUUUGGUUGAAUCUGGAGAGGUUCCGAUGUCAAGAAUCGAUGAUGCGGUUGAACGGAUCCUGAGAGUCAAAUUUGCCGCCGGACUCUUUGAAUAUCCCAUGACGGAUAGGUCUUUGCUAGAUGUCGUUGGCUGCAAGCAACAUAGAGAAUUAGCACGUGAAGCAGUCCGGAAGUCGUUGGUUCUACUGAAAAACGGGAAGGAUCCAAGGAAACCGUUUUUACCAUUGGAUAGAAACGCGAAAAGGGUUCUUGUUGCCGGAAAACACGCAGAUGAUUUAGGUUAUCAAUGUGGAGGUUGGUCGGUUUCAUGGCAAGGAAGCAGCGGAAGAAUCACAAUCGGAACAACGAUUCUUGAUGCCGUUAGAGAAGCAAUCGGUGACGAUGUUGAAGUGGUAUACGAAGAAAAUCCAACACCCAAAACCCUUUCUCUACAAGAUUUCUCAUAUGCGAUAGUAGUCGUCGGUGAAGCUCCAUAUUCAGAAUCGCGUGGCGAUAACCCCGAACUCACCAUUCCGUUUGAAGGCGACGAAUUACUUAAGCUGGUUGCAUCCCAAAUCCCGACUCUAGCCAUUCUGAUCUCUGGUAGACCGUUGGUUUUAGAACCAUCACUCCUAGAAAGAUUGGAUGCAUUAGUUGCUGCUUGGUUGCCGGGCACCGAAGGAAACGGUAUAACGGAUGUUAUUUUUGGCGAUUACGAGUUCCGUGGACAGCUUCCAGUUUCAUGGUUCAGAUCGGUUGAUCAAUUGCCGAUGGAUGCUCAUGAAAAGUCAUACGAUCCCCUAUUCCCACUCGGAUACGGUCUAAAAUCUAGAGUUCGACCUUCGUUUGUUCAAACAUUAUCUCCACCCUCGGAUCGAUUCAACGAGUUGAGCAUGUAAUAUGUAACACCCUCGGUUCGGUCACAUUGGUCUUAUAGUCGUUAGAAAAAGCAUUCAGCUUUCGUCGGGUUCGAAUGCUUAAAUACGGUCUCUUUUGGAAGGAAAAUAAUCAAACAAUCCAAAGAUAAUAAUUGUAUUCUUUUGUAAAAUUGUUUGAAAUCUCAACUCAAUCCAUAAUAAUUGUUGAUAAGCAACCGUUUAUUAAACGUUUACCCAGUAA